CUUAAAACUUACUGCGUGAACUGUGUGUAUUAAAGGUGUUUGUUGUCGUUUUUAAAAUGCGUUUUAUUUCUUUAACACAGAGGUCACCACAAGUCAUUAUGUACCAAAAUCUGCGAGAAAGAAAUGUCAAAACGAGUCUUGUGAAACUUUGUUCCUACAUCCUGGCCUUAAACGACCGCAUCACUGUAGAAGAUGCGGGGAAAUAUUUUGUAGGUCAUGUCUUCAGUAUAAACGCCGACUGAACAUCAUGGCACAGUCUGAUCCAAACGGAGUUCUUUGUAAGGUAUGUUUGUCGUGCUUUGAAGAUAGAGGUCUGUCGCUGGGAUGUACAAGUCGUUCACAAACAGAAGUGUUCAAACAGUUACGUAAACAAACCAAAGAAGAUAUGAUGGAUAUUGUAUAUGGAUAUGCAGUGGAAUCCCGACGGGUUUCCGUCCAGCCAACGUUCUGGAAAGAGCAAUUUACGGUAGAUAUUUUAAAAGAAUGCCAAAGACUUCUCGAAGGGUUUAAAUCAUCAAUGAGUGGUUCAGGUACUAUCAACACAAUGCAUGAGAUAAAGGACCAGGUCAGUGUUCCACACUGGCAGAAAUCAACAUUUUGGACGCUUGAAAGUCAUACAACAAGAUGUCGACACUGCGGUGGAAAGCUUGGACACCGAAAAAAGAUGCGAAACUGCAGAGUUUGUGGACUCGCUUUAUGUAAAACCUGUUCACAAAGAGAGGUGCUGCUAUAUUAUAAGGAUGGCACCAGACAAUUGAAAACCGCCGAUGCGCAUAUCUCAAUUAUUCGUUUUGUAGGGUGUCCCGAUAAAGAACCACAAUGCUCCAUGCUAUUGUACUGUUGUAAAGACUGCAAGGAAGAAAUCAUACGCAGACAAAUUGAAGAUGACACGUGGUAUCUAGAGAAAUCUAAACCACCAGAUCUAGAGACAGAAAUUAUUCAAAUGGAUGCAAAAUUCCGUCCACUUGUAGAAGAUAUCAGGGAUGAUAUGGAAAAGUUAUUACCAGUAUUAGAUGUUCAAGGUGGAAUACGAGAUAGUAUUGAUAUUGAUGUAUUAAUCGAAGCGGAGCAAAAAAUGCAAGAAAUGUCAAUUGAAGAAAUAGAAUGUCUAACUUUAAAGAGCAGGGUACAGGAGAGGUUGAAAAUAUACUGGAAUUUGUAUUCGGAACUGCGGUCCGUAAUUAAACGACACAGCGACAAACUAACAGGAGAUAUGUUUGAGUUUGUGAUGAACUAUGCAACAGCAAGGAAAGAAUUUUACAUAGAGACUGAAAGUAAAAUUCUGAAAAUAUCAACUGGGUAACAGUGUUGUUUAACUCCACAAACGUCAGGGUAACAGCAGUAAUGAUUGACAGAAGGAAUAAAAAGACUGCUGCAUUCUGGAGAUAUAAUUAAGAAAUGAUUUUUUUAUGGUGAAUGACAAAAUAUGAUCGGCAAAUCCAUGAAUUGCGCUAGUUAACAGGGCUUUCUUUAUAAACUGCACAUAUUAUGUUGCAUGUAACAUUAGAAUCAGCUUCUAGGUCGUUCUGUUGACCAGACAGAACAAAUGUGACGUCAACUAAGAAAAAGGACGUCACGUUAUCAACUAAGCGGUGUUAUCGUAACUUUGGCCCCAUUCCGUUUGUGACUGAAGCAAAAAUGAACGUCUGCUCAAUGGAACGAAUUGGAAGAAUGUAAAAAUGGAUUCCGAAAUUGAAAAAAAAUUAACUUACACCGAGACCAAAGCAUGGAAGCGCAUUUUAAGUUAAUAACACAUAAUAAAAUAUUAAUAUGCAACCACUUCUGGGCUCUGUUUAAUGUUUGAAUGUAUUUAUCAUGUUGAUAUAUCUGUCAAACGUCCGUGUGUUUUCGUUGUAUAUGUUUUAUUUAAAUGUAUAUAUACUAUGGGGCAUUAAAGUACGAAUAUCUAUGCUGCUCUGUAACAAUAGACUUUGAAGGUUGUUUCUUGUAUAUUGUUCUGUAAUUGUAUAUGCGCUUACUACGCAAAUAUGAGCCGUGCCAUGAGAAAACCAACAUAGUGGCUUUGCGACCAGCAUGGAUCCAGACCAGCCUGCGCAUCCGCGCAGUCUGGUCAAGAUCCAUGCUGUUCGCUAACAGUUCCUCUAAUUCCAAUAAACUUUGGAAGCGUUCAACAUGACCAGACUGCAUGGAUGCGCAGGGUGGUCUGGAUCCAUGCUGGUCGCAAAACCACUGUGUUGGUUUUCUCAUGGCGCGGUUCAAAUAUAAGUUGUAUCAUGUGUAUUGUAUUCUUGGGCAUACCUGACUUUCUAAGAUACUGCCAGCUAGAAUAUACUAUGAAUAAAUUCUAAUUAUAAAUCA